GAGGGGGGGAUUUGUAGACGCGCGUUUAUGUCGGUGUUUUUAUUGUUUUUAAGCGCAUAUAUAGGGCGAAUAGAGAGACACAGUAUGUGUGCGCGCGUGUGUGUAAGAGAGAGAGAGAGAGAGAGAGAGAGAGAGAGAGAGAGAGAGAGAGAGAUGCCGCAAGUUGACGUCGCCUCGCCGUUGAAUUGUGUCUUUGUAGGUGAUUCGUGCACACGCACACACGCGCGCUCGCACGCACACACACACACACACACACACGCACGCACGCACACGCACACGCGCGGUAUACCGGGAGCGUCACGCCGCGUGGACACCCGACACCGACACGCCGACACGCCGACAUGUCCCACUCCGACGGCGAGUCUCAGAGGUCGGUGAUGGAGAAAGAGGAGCCGCGCUGCUCCCCCAGUCCUCCGUCCACGCCGUCCAUCUGCUCGCCCACAUCCAGCGCCUCCGCCUCGUCCGUCCCCUCCACCGGCAAGAACGUGUGCGCGAGCUGCGGCCUCGAGAUCCUGGACAGGUACCUGCUCAAGGUGAACAAUCUGAUGUGGCACGUGCGCUGCCUGGAGUGCUCAGUGUGCAGGACGUCACUGCGCCAACACAGCAGCUGCUACAUCAAAAACAAGGAGAUCUUCUGCAAAAUGGAUUAUUUCAGUAGGUUUGGUACUAAGUGUGCCCGCUGUGGGCGCCAGAUCUACGCCAGCGACUGGGUGAGGCGAGCUCGCGGUAACGCUUACCACCUGGCCUGCUUCGCCUGCUUCUCCUGCAAACGCCAGCUUUCCACCGGAGAGGAGUUCGGCCUGGUCGAGGAGAAGGUGCUGUGCAGGAUCCACUACGACACCAUGGUGGAGAACCUGAAGCGGGCUGCUGAGAGCGGAAGUGGCCUGACGCUGGAAGGAGCCGUGCCGUCGGAGCAGGACAGCCAGCCCAAACCGGCUAAACGCGCUCGCACGUCCUUCACCGCUGAGCAGCUGCAGGUGAUGCAGGCUCAGUUCGCGCAGGAUAACAACCCUGAUGCGCAGACGCUGCAGAAGCUUGCGGACAUGACGGGGCUGAGCAGACGAGUCAUACAGGUCUGGUUUCAGAACUGUCGAGCGAGACACAAAAAGCACACGCCGCAGCACGGCGGCCCUCCUCAGGCCCACCCGCAGGCACGCAUGCCCCCGUCGCUGCCUGACGAGCUGCAUUACUCGCCCUUCGGCAGCCCGGAGAGAGCGCGCAUGGUGGCGCUGCGCGGCUACAUCGACAGUCAUCCGUUCUCGGUGCUGACUACACAGAGUCUCCCUCACCAGGCAAUGUCUCUGCCGCAGCUGCCCCUCAGCCGCUAACGACCCCGCCACAUUGACCCCGACCCCUCAACCCUGACCUCCCGCUCCUGACUUCCGUCCGUCCGCUCUUCAGAGGUCGCCUCCGGCUGAAGGACAGGGUCACCGUCCCCGCGUGCUCUUGACCUCCGACCUCGCCAGGAGAGAGGGGGGGGGGAGGCGGGGGGUGUUUCCUCCUGCCUUUCAGUGGACAGGAUUUUCCUCACCUGCAGGCGAGUCUCACACACCCGUGAGCCGUUAGCGUCGGCCCGGGACCUCGUUAACGAGAACCGGGACCAGGAUUUGGACCUCGAAUGCACGCACUGAAGAGCGGUUUGAGUUUGACCGCUCGAAACAUUCCCGGUUAUUACUGCAGGAUUAAAACGCGAUAAAGACGUGAGACCCACGGAGCGAGACGUGGGACGUAGCGGGAAGGUUCCGUCUCUCGCUCCGAGAAAAAAAAAAUUUUUUUUUGAGAAAAACAAUAACAGAAAUAAAAUAAAUAAAUAAAACCGAUCAGUGGUGAUUUGUCGAGUAUGGCGCUGGAUCUGUGCGUUUGUUCCCGAGUGUUUACAUGGAUCUAUAGCACAGCCUGCAUGUGCCACCUCUCUCUCUCCCUCUCUCUCUCUCCCUCUCUCUGUGUCUGACUCCUUCGGAUGGAUUUAUCAGCGAAAAGCCACUUUCAUCGCCUGCGAACAUCUGCGUCUCUGCUCCGUCAGGCGUACAACAACCCACGGAGCCCGAUUACCGCCCGGAGACGGCGGCUGAGCCGAACGGCUUCACAAAACACACAUCUCGUAUCGCCGUCCUGACCGAGGACGGGCGAUACGAUGUGGAGGGGGAAAAUAUCUCAAUACUUGAAGACGCUUUUCAGAGUAAACAAAGAUGCACCAUCGUAUGUAGAGGUUGAAGUGAACUGCAGUGCCACAGGAUGGAAAAACUAGUCGAAUUAUUUAAAAAAUGGUAUUAAAUUGGUAUAGAAUAGCAAUCUUACUUGUUACUGUAAGUAAUACUGGAGUCAGUCAGUGUUAUAAAAACUCACCAUACUCACAAUAUCUAAGAAGAAGAAGAAGAAGAAGAAAAAAAAAACAACAACCCAUACUUCCCUGAUUGCAACAUGCUUUGGCUUUUUUUUGUUGUUUAUUUUUUUAUGAUCAAAUUCUCAAUGUUGUACCCAGAGAGCAGGAAGAGAUGAACGGAAAACCGAGUACAUGUAAAAAAAAAAAAAAAAAAAAAAAAAAAAAAAAAGACAAAAACACGUACACGUAUUUUUUUUUAUUUAAGUCGUGUCCUGACGUGAAAUGGGAGCAGAAUAUGUGUGUGUGUGUGUGUGUGUGUGUGUGUUUCUCUGUUUCUUCGCUGAUUUUGUGUCUGCCAUGUUAGCUUGUGCCUCGGUUCCUGCGGUGUAAAACGCGAGCGCGCGGCUCGGCCCGGACUCUGACGUGGCGUGGGAAUGAUUUGGGGAAAGAAAAAAAAAAGAAAAAGAAAAAAAGAAAAGCUAUCGCUGUCACUAAACUGUAUAUUUGUAUUGCGGAGUACGCUUGUGUGUUCUGAGCUCGGUCGUGGGGGAGGAUGAGGAUGAGGAUGAGGAUGACGCCUCGACGUUCUUGUAUUUAUUGAAACUGAUAUUAGCCUGUAAAGCACUUUUUUUCCCCUUGUCCCGUUGUCUGUUUUGUAAAAUUGAAAUAAAUAAAGUGGAUGAAUGACGUGG